UAGUGGAGUAUAUUUUUGGUAUCAGAAAGUAAAUAUUUUCGAAGCUUUCAGUAAUUCAGUAUUUCUCUGUGCGUUCUGAAACUCUGCUCUUCCGAAGUGCUAACUGUGAGUUGACUUUUAGUAGGUGUUCGGUAUCGUUUCUAGAUAUUCUACUGAAAAGAUCGUGCCUCGGGUGCGGCGAUAGUUUAGUGGAUCCUGAAUUUGAUAGUUGCCCACAUGUCAUCCAAGUGUGAAGUUACCUUUGAAAACAACCCCGAUGGAGUAUACUAUGCAGGCCAAACCGUGGCAGGUGAAAUCAAGCUGACCACAGCCAAACCGAAAACCAUUCGCGCAAUUCACAUUACCGUAAUCGGAUUUGCGGAAGUACGGUUUACUGAUGAUAAGGACAGUGAUCGCCACGAUGCAACAGAUAAACACAAAGAUUUGUUGGGUGCAGACGAACAGUAUGUAUUCGUAAGGAAAUAUCUACAAGGCGAAAGGAAUGGAACGUCAUUCAGUUUACCUGCGGGGACCUACACAUAUAAAUUCGAAGCAGAUCUUCCGAAAACGUGUCCCACAUCUUUCAAUGGUGAAUUUGGGCAGAUACGCUAUGAAGCUGUAUUGACGAUAGAUCGAGCUUGGAAAUAUGAUAAUAUAUUUAAGGAACCUUUCACUGUGAUUCACGAUAUAGAUUUAAAUUCGAAUCUUGUUUAUAAGGCACCAAUUAUGAUGUCAGACUUCAGACGUCUCAUGGGUAUUUUGUGUCUUCGAACUCCAUUCCUUCUUACUGUCAACUGCCCUUUCACGGGGUAUGCGCCGGGUCAGAUGCUGAUUGCCCACAUUCAAGUCCAAAACUUCACCUUUUCUCAUUGCACUGCGGUAAAAGUGAAACUGCAAAGAAUGGUUAAAUAUACCAGUACAUAUCCAAAGGUGGAAACAAAGGAGGUGCAUUCGACUGUUAGAGAAGGUAUCUAUGGAUCGGUACCGAAAUUUCGAAGAAAACAUAUCCUAGCCACAAUUCCUGUAUUAUCUGUACCUCCUUCAACUCUUGGAACUUGCAAAUGUAUUGACAUAUCGUAUCGGUUGAAGGUAAAGGUAGUGGUUGCCGGCUGGCAUAAAGGAUUGAAGGUAAAAGUACCAAUAACGGUUGGGACUGUCCCUCUUCAUGAUACUCCAUCCGGUGAUAAUGUGGAUGCAGCUGUUCCAGUUGGUGAUGCAGCUAAGACUUACAAAGCCCUAGAGUGUUUCUUCCCCCAGUUCGAUAAUUCCUAUGACGAGAGCAGUUGCAUCAAAAAUGCUAACUAUUUACCUAAGUAUCCUUAUUAUGAGCAGAAAACAAUCACGUUGCCCCUUUUAAAUAGAACAAGACGAAGAUAAUUAAGUUUAAUUGUUUUAUUUAUCAAUUUAUUGUUGUUUAAUUUUAAUCGAACUUUUUAAUGGCACAAAGUAGUAUUACAUUGAACUCAUGUUUCAUUUUUACUAAAAUAAAUAGUUAACUCUGCAAGUAACCGCCUCAAUCGA